UAAUAUCAUCAACAACAACAUAAACAUAAUUAUAAAUCAAAUCAAUCAUUUCAAUGUUGAAUAAAAUAAAAUGGGUUUGAUUAAUCAAAAGAUUAAAGAUUGUUCAUUUGUUUCUAUAUCAGAAAGACAUGGAGAUUUCGGAAUCGAGGGAUUAAACUUAUCCAACUUCGAACGACCCAUGCAAACCGCCACCGCCGUCGUUCAAGAUUUCCGGAUAUUUGUUGGAACAUGGAAUGUAGGUGGAAGAGCACCUCAUCAAGAACUCAAUCUUGAAGAAUUUCUUCAAGUUGAAGGAUCAUCUGAUGUAUAUGUUCUGGGGUUUCAGGAAAUAGUUCCGUUAAGUGCAGGAAACGUUCUAGUAAUAGAAGACAAUGAACCAGCAGUUAGAUGGUUAACAUUAAUCAAUCAAGCACUUAAUUACAAACCAUCUCUAUCCGAUCAACAAAACCAAGCUUCAUUUGAUUCCAGCGCGGUUUCUAAUUCUAUGUCAAAUCCCAGUUCAAAAGAUUCAUCAAAAACACAUUUUUUCAGAAAACCAUCUUUGAAAGCAUUGAGUAAGAAUUUGAGGACGGCGGAUAGUAGUCUUCUUAAGGCAUGUAAUUGUUACCUUGAUUCAAGGAAUAAUGAAGAACGGCCAACGGGUAGGAGGAAGACUAGGAAGUUGUUGCAGGAUCAAGGGGCGGCUGCGGGUGGAUCUGUUCGUGGACAUGAUCCGAGUAUGGAAGAGUUUAUGUCGACAGCGGGGAUUACUACGACGACAGCGGGUGGUGGUGGUGGUGGUCCGGCGUCGUCACCUACGGGUGGUGGGAAUUAUAGUUUGGUUGCGAGUAAACAAAUGGUGGGUAUUUUUUUGACGAUUUGGGCGAGGAAGGAAUUGAUGCAACAUAUUGCACAUUUGAGGAUAUCUUGUUUGGGACGAGGUAUUAUGGGCUGCUUAGGCAACAAGGGAUGUAUAUCAAUAAGUCUGUCACUACAUCAAACGAGCCUAUGCUUUGUUUGUAGUCACUUAGCCUCUGGGGAGAAAGAGGGAGAUGAAAUAAAAAGGAAUUCAGACGUGGCCCAAAUUCUUAAGAGCAUUCAAUUCCCCAAGAUUUGCAAGCAUCCUACAAGGACCAUGCCCGAAAGGAUCAUAGAUCAUGAUCGGACUAUAUGGUUAGGUGACUUGAAUUAUCGGGUUUCUUUGAGCUAUGAUGAGACGAAAUUGUUAUUGGAGGAUAAUAAUUGGGAUUCUCUACUAGAGAAGGAUCAGUUGAACUUAGAAAAAGAGGCCGGAAGAGUGUUUACUGGUUGGAAAGAAGGAAAGAUUUUCUUCGCACCAACUUACAAGUAUUCUCAAAAUUCCGAUUCUUAUGCCGGAGAAAAUACCAAAUCCAAGAAGAAGCGACGUACACCUGCAUGGUGCGACAGAAUAUUAUGGAAAGGAGGUGGAGUAGAACAAUUAUCGUAUGUAAGAGGGGAAUCGAGAUUCUCAGACCAUCGGCCAGUUUGUGCAGUGUUUGGAGUGGAAGUGGAGAUUCUUAAUAAAAAUAGCAAAUUCAGGAAAGGGUAUUCUUGUGCUGCAUCUGGGGGUGUGGUUGAAUAUUACGAAGAAGACGAUUGUGUUCCAAAGCGCCAUAGUUUCUACGACUUCUAAUGAUCGUCACAACUUCCAUUUCUUUAAGUCACAUAUUCAUUCAUUUGUUUGUUCGAAUAUUUUGCUCCUUCCUAAUUGUAUAUCUCCAUCUUGUUUAUAAUAAUGAUUUUUAUAAUUUUUUCUUUAGGAAAUAUAUAUAUUGUAGGGGAAAAAGAAUGUUAACUAUUUAUAACUUUACAUAGAGUUUAUAGAUCAAUAUUCUUGUAAAGUAAUGUAAAACAACUUCUUUAUUUAGGA